UAUGUAACGCCGCGUGUAAGUGGCGACAAACGGUUAAUACGCGGUAGCCGUUGAUUGACGGGCUCGUGCUGAGCUUGUAUGUAAGAGGAGGGAGGUGGGUUCAUCACUCAGUGUUGCGCCUCAGCUCCUCCAGCCCGUGGAUACACUCAGCCAAAGUGGACUUUUACGCACGAGCUCCUCCGCGAGACGCGACGUCUCGUUCAUUCGCGCGUCGGCUCGCGUCCUCGCAGACGUACUUUCAUCCCCGAGUCGAGCGUUUUUUUCCGCGUCGGACUUUAAAACACAGCAGCCUGCCGCAGUCAGGAGAUAUGAUCCUCAGGAGGAGUCUCUUCUUGCUGCUGUUAUCACUCACCUUCCUCCACGCGGCACCCGAAGAUGGCGAGCAGGAGGACGAGACGACGUUCGACCUGUUUGAAGUCAGCCACAUCACGCGCCGGACGCUGGGGGCCAAGCAGUUCCGGGGCCAGAACUCGGACGCGCCCGCGUACCGCUUCAUCCGCUUCGACCACCUGCCUCCGGUCGACGCGGCCGUGCUGAGGCAAAUGCUGCGGCAGAUCCAGAACAACGAGGGCUUCGUGUUCGUGGCCAGCAUACGCCAGGACCGCGCCUCUCGGGGCACCCUGAUUGGCCUGGAGGGCCCCGACGGCCAGAGGCAGUUCGAGAUCGUGUCCAACGGUCGGGCCAACACUCUGGACCUGGUUUACUGGGUGGACGGCUCCCAGAACGUGGUCUCCUUCGAGGACGUGGACCUGUCCGACUCCCAGUGGAAGAACAUCACGCUCUACGUCCACGCGGAGAACGCCCACCUGUUCGUGGGCUGCACGCUGAUGGACAGCUUUGUGCUGGACGAGCCGUUCUACGAGCACCUGAAGGCCGAGGGGAGCCGCAUGUACGUGGCCAAGGGGAUGACCCGGGAGAACCACUUCAGGGGCCUCAUGCAGAAUGUGCGCUUCAUCUUUGACAUCCCCGUGGAGGAAAUCCUCCUGGGCCUCGGCUGCGAGGUCCCAAAGGAAGAUGAUGCUAAUACUGUGAGCGAGAGCAGAGAAAUCGUGGACGUGAGUCCGUCCAUCACGACCAACAUCAUCGGCCAGAAGACGGACGAGCUGGGCGCCGAAAUGUGCGAGCGCUCCUGCGAGGAGCUCAGCACCAUGUUCCAGGAGCUCAAGGGCCUCCGCGUAGUCGUCAGCAACCUCAUCGACGGUUUGCAGAAAGUGACAGAGGAGAACACAGUCAUGAAGGAGGUCCUUGGGAGGAUGAAGAACUCUAAGGAGAAAAACAUGUGCUGGCAAGAUGGCCGCCUGUUCGACGAUAAGGAAGACUGGGUUGUAGACAGCUGCACCAAAUGCACUUGCCAGGAGUCCAAGAUCGUGUGUCACCAAAUUACGUGCACCCCCGUGGCCUGUGCCAGCCCCACGUUCAUCGACGGCGAGUGCUGUCCCGUGUGCAUGCCUAAAGACAGCGAGGAUGGCUGGUCCCCUUGGUCAGAGUGGACCGAGUGCACGGUCACCUGUGGGACCGGGACCCAGCAGAGGGGCCGCUCGUGUGACGCAACCAGCAACCCCUGUCCCGGACCGUCUAUCCAAACACGCAAGUGCAGCCUGGGGAAAUGCGACAGCCGUGUUCGCCAGGACGGGGGCUGGAGCUUGUGGUCUCCUUGGUCGUCCUGCUCGGUGACCUGUGGGGAGGGACAGAUCACCAGGAUACGACACUGCAACGCGCCCGUGCCUCAGCUGGGAGGCAAAGACUGUGAGGGGAGUGGGAGAGAGACUCAGCGCUGCACUGCUGAGCCGUGUCCCAUCGACGGUGGUUGGGGUCCAUGGUCUCCGUGGGCAACGUGUUCAGCAACAUGCGGAGGGGGGGUCAAAAGUCGGACCCGCGAGUGCAACAGCCCUCGACCCCAACAUGGCGGCAAGAAAUGUAUGGGAGAGGCCAACGACAGCGACAGCUGCAACAAGAAAGACUGUCCCAUCGAUGGCUGUCUGUCUAACCCGUGCUUUGGCGGAGUGGACUGCAACAGUUCUCCAGACGGAUCCUGGGAGUGCGGCCCGUGUCCUGCUGGUUUCCGUGGAAAUGGUACCUACUGCGAAGACAUUAACGAGUGCGACAUGGUGCCAGAUGUUUGCUACCAAGUGAGUGGAGCGCAGCGCUGCAUCAACACCGACCCGGGCUUCCACUGCCUGCCUUGUCCGAAGCGCUACAAGGGCACGCAGCCGUUCGGAAUGGGUGUGGAGGCUGCGAAGAAGAACAAGCAGGUGUGCGAGCCUGAGAAUCCUUGCAAGGACAAAACCCACAGCUGCCACAAAUAUGCCGAAUGCAUCUACAUCAGCCACUUCAACGACCCCAUGUACAAGUGCGAGUGUCGGACGGGUUACGCCGGAGACGGGUUCAUUUGCGGGGAGGACUCGGACCUGGACGGUUGGCCCAACCACAACCUUGUGUGCGGCGCCAACGCCACUUAUCACUGCAAGAAGGAUAACUGCCCGAAUCUCCCCAACUCUGGACAAGAAGACUUCGACAAAGACGGUCAAGGAGACGCUUGUGACAAGGACGACGACAACGAUGGAAUAUUGGAUGAGAGGGACAACUGUCCUCUCCUCUACAACCCCCGGCAGUUUGACUUCGAUAAGGAUGAAGUUGGCGACCGCUGCGACAACUGCCCCUAUGAACACAAUCCAGCUCAAAUAGACACUGACAACAAUGGAGAGGGAGAUGCCUGUGCCGUGGACAUCGAUGGAGACGAGAUUCUGAAUGAGAACGACAACUGCCCGUACGUGUACAACACUGAGCAGAAGGACACCGACAUGGACGGAGUCGGUGACCAGUGUGACAACUGUCCAAUGUUGCACAACCCUGACCAGACCGACGCAGACAACGACCUGGUGGGAGACCAGUGUGACAACAACCAGGACAUCGACGAGGACGGCCACCAGAACAACCUGGACAACUGUCCCUACGUGGCCAACGCCAACCAGGCCGACCACGACAAAGACGGCAAAGGGGACGCGUGCGACUACGACGACGACAACGACGGCAUCCCCGACGACAAGGACAACUGCAGGCUGACGCCCAACGAGGACCAGCUGGACUCUGACGGUGACGGAAGAGGGGACGCCUGCAAGGACGACUUUGACAAUGACAGCAUUCCAGAUAUUCUUGACGUGUGUCCAGAGAACAGUGCCAUCACUGCCACUGACUUCAGAAAGUUCCAGAUGGUCCACCUGGACCCUAAGGGAACCACGCAGAUCGAUCCCAACUGGGUGGUCAGACACCAGGGCAAGGAGCUGGUCCAGACGGCCAACUCUGACCCGGGUUUAGCAGUCGGUUUCGACGAGUUCAGUGCCGUGGACUUCAGCGGAACGAUGUACGUGAACACAGACAGGGACGACGACUACGCCGGCUUUGUGUUCGGCUACCAGUCCAGCGGGCGCUUUUAUGUGGUGAUGUGGAAGCAGAUCACGCAGACGUACUGGGAGGACAAGCCCUCCAAGGCUUUUGGCAUCUCUGGCGUCUCGCUCAAAGUGGUCAACUCGACCACGGGCACUGGGGAGAACCUCAGGAACGCUCUGUGGCACACGGGCAACACUCCUGGAGAGGUGCGGACUCUGUGGCACGAUCCCAAAAACAUCGGCUGGAAGGACUACACAGCUUACAGGUGGCAUCUCAUCCAUAGACCGAAGACUGGGUUUAUAAGGGUUGUGGUUUACGAAGGUAAACAGAUUAUGGCUGACUCAGGGCCAGUUUAUGACAAGACCUUUGCUGGAGGAAGGUUAGGCCUGUUCGUCUUCUCACAAGAGCUGGUGUUCUUCUCCGACCUCAAGUAUGAGUGCAGAGAUGGGCCGGAGUUGCCGACGGUGUUCUUAAGAUAACUGAAUCGGAACAGCAUCAGAAGGCAGAAGACAAGAAUCUCCUAAAGUAAACACCACGUCAUUGCAUUUCGACGUACAUGAGACUUUCCAUACUUCUCUGUGUUUGACUACGUCCUUCCACACAAGAGGAAACCAUGCCUAAUUCACUUUUGUAGGGAUUUGGACACAUUUCCCAAACCUUGGGUGGGGGUGGGGGGGGCGGUUGUUGGGAUUGAUGGAUGGAACCUCUGCCAAAUAUGAAUUUCUAACCAUCGUAAGUACGUCUACAUUCUCAGUGAUUCAUUUUACAGCCACUUCCACGUGUCCUGCCCCUCAGUUCUAUACUGUUUGUGACUUUUAUUUCUUUUGGUAAAGUGAUUGUUCAACGCCUGACAAGCAUAAACUGCAAGCAAAGCAUAAUCAUUUAGCUCUCGGUCCGUUACUGCUCCUUCCUCUUACCCUGAAUGUGUUUCUAAUGGAGAACUUGAGUGAACAAUUUAAAGAUGCCAUUUUAGGAAGUGCCAAAGAUGUUUAUACUAAGUCUGUAUUAUAAUUCCUUUUGUAAAUUAUUUAUGCUUUGCUUGUUUUGUUUGUUAGCAAUUUUUUUGCCAGAGAUUGUAAAUAAUUAUUUAUUUGUUUACACUGACUAAACUCACAAUUCAAUUUCACCACAGCGCCGGCAUAACACGUUAUAGUAUUGCGUUUUAGUGUUGUUAUGCACUUCCUUCACUUGUUGAGUCUUAAAGGUGAAAGUUACUUUAAUGGUGUUAUAAAUAAUCGCGUACAUAAACACAGUAAGUGUUUACACACAGUGUGUGGAACAUCAUUGUGUGUCCUAAAUAUCCUUCAGUGUUUUUUUUCCUAUCUGUCCAGACAGGGCCUCAUUGUCCUCAGAGUGAUAUCUCACCCUUGUCCAUCAUGUCAUUUACUGGUUCUCUAAAUGGUUUCAAACUGGGCUACUGGCAGUGAAGUAUUAAACUUUACCAAUGUAAUGUUAAAACUCAUUAUCUUUGAUGAGAGCAGUUUCGGUGCAGAAGAUUUAAAGUUGUUCACCAAGGAACCAAGUGACGUAUCACAUCCACAGCUGAGAGUCUGAGGUUUAACAAUCAGUCAUUGUGCUUUAUGGCGUCGUGAAGUUCAAAUACAGUCAGAGCAUUGUAUUCCAAUUACUUUUUUAUUCAUGCGCUAGUUUAUAUUUAUCGCUUCGGGAGGUUGUGAAAAUGUGCAUUGUUGGUGAGAGAGAGUUCCAGAUGAAGGUCUCUAAAACCCAGUGUGACUGUGGGACCGUGUGGUGGCAGCGUUGUUGUUAGUCUGUUGUGCAUUUGUGUUCUUCCGUGUUUGGUUUCAUUUUGCGGUGCACAAAUUGUAAAUGUUUUUGUAUACAUUUUCUACAGAUACUAGGGUUUGUGUGUUCUGUUUCAUAAAUAAAUCACGUGUACACCAUGUUGUUGACUGUACAUCAGGAUGGAAGGUUAUCCCACUAUAAUCACUGUCAUACUAUUAAAACGUUUUUCAAGUUG